GGAAGAUGUGAAGUUUUUUGGUUGGCUCUCUCGUUUUCGACGUCAUCGUCAACCAAAUCUGAAUUCUAACAGAGAAGAAGCACCUUAUAGUUUUCCUGAAGUUUUUGCGAUAUCGCAGUGAAAUGGUUACGAAUGGAGUUCUUCGUGCUUGUGCUAGUAAACACUGGAGAAAGCUGCUCUCUGAUAGCUUAUCUGCUUAUGCGAAGAACUACUCUGUGGCAGCGCUUAUAGCAGUCCAGAAAGUUUGCCAGCAACAUCUGCUCCUCAUAAAAAGAAAUGUCCUAGCCGCAUGAGACGAUGUCGUCAGUAUCCAGCCAGUAUGGUGCGCGAAAGGUUCAACAUGGAGAAGGGAGAGAAACUGUUCGUUCCAGAUUUCCAUUCGCAAAGAUGCAGCAACCCAAAAAACAAGAAGCUGAGCAGGAGAUGCCCAGAAAGAUCGACUCUGGCCGCCAGAUGGCUUUCCCGAUAUCAGGAAACAUGAGCCUUUGGAAUCAACUCAACAAUGACGAAAUCGUCGCAGAUACGGAGAUUGCCCAUGGAUCACUUGACAGCUACUGUUACAACAUUUCUGCCGUGAUUUCUGGAAUACGAAUUAAAUGACAAUAUUGUCUGGGCCUCCCGAAGCACUCGAGCUCCUGUCUGGAUACUCUCAGAAAAUGUUUCUAGGUUUUAUUUUCGUAAUCAAGUGAAUGUAUUCUAAUUUGUGUCUUCUGUACAGACUCUGUAGUUCAACUAUUUUAAUUUUAA